AUGCCAGGGGAGGUGAUGCAGCGUGGCGCAGAGGAGAUUGGCAAGAUGCUGAACAAGGGGUUUGACCGGCAACGCAUGCCCACCAGCCAGAUGGCAGCCUCUCAGUUGGACUCCGCCUCUGGAGUUGGCCCAGCAGACCUCGCAGGCGAGCAGGGGUUCCCAGCCGCCAGCACCGGAGCAUCUCAGCUUUUCGGUACCUCGGAUGCCAAUAGCGCUGCCAGGCAGUGGAUGAAGGAUGGUCUGGAUGAUGAGAUGAGCUGA